GAAAAAAAAAAAAUAUCAACACAUAAUUAUCGGGAUUUCAAGAGAACCUCAACAAUAUAACAACAACCGCAAGAACAGCGACGAUCACCACCACCAGAACCAAGAUCCGUUCUGAUAAUUAGCCAGCCCUGUACAUCCCUGAACCCAACGCCACCCAAAGCAUGGUCACCAUCAACCUCGCCUACACGGCGCCCAUCAACCCGCCCGGUGCCGACCCGGAGUUAACUCCGGACCAGGUGUGGACGGGCCUGCAGUACAAGGUCCGGCGAGCCGACAAGUUCGUCCCCAUCAUCACGGCCUGCGAGGUGCUCGACAAAGAGCCUCCGGCACCAGAGCAGGAGGAGGAGGAGGAGGAGGGGCCGCGGGUGAUUACGCGCCGGGUGACCUUCCGGCCCGGCAUCACCGCGGUCCUCGGCGGCGGCGGUGAUGACGGCAGCAGCCCGCGCGUGGUCCGGGAGGUGUGCAGGCUGUACGCGCCAUGCCGGGUCGACUUCGUGCAGGACGACGGGUCGACGGUGGGCAACUACGUGUCCCGGGGCCCCGCGGGCGAGCUGAUGAUGACGUACGUCUUUGAGUGGCGCGCGCACGGGGAGCGGGCGGGCAGCGCGAGGGUGAGGGAGUUGGAGGAGCGCUAUGCCAAGGUCGCCAAGAUGGCUAUUGACGGUAGCAUUGAGACGAUCAGGAAGAUGGUCAAGGGAGAAAUUGCUAUGGAUUGAGGAGGUCAAAGCGCACGGGGGUUAAGGUACCGACCGGUUCGAGGUGCCUGCCUUUUAUUAGAGCCAGAAAGCAUUCGCAAGUGGUUCUUGGCGGCAUGUUUAAUAUGGAUUGUGGUGAUGGGAGCUAAAAAAAGGGACCCGGUCUGUUGAAUCAUGGUAUCACGGUGCUGGUAAUAAUUUGAUACGGCAUCACUCGGGUUUCCAACUAGUGAGCUUUAACUGUUCGUAAUAAUUAUAUAUUCCUU